CGCGAACCCGAGUCAAGGGCUAUUUCUGCGCGCGAAAAGACUGCCGGCCGUUGCGCAACCGCCGCCCGCUCUGCUGCCUCUACCCCCCUCCUGGGUUCGCGAGCCUGCGUCAACGAGCUCAUAUAUCCACCUUGUACAGCCACAGGCAGCCGUUUGCCAAGGCGAUUCGGAAGAUCGAGGUCUCGCCGCUUGUUGCUUUGCACGAGGAAACCCCCGGAGAAGUGUGGCAUUUAUGCAGCCUAAACUCGGAUUCGACCUCAACUUGGCUACUUUUAGCUUUUUAACGCCGACUUUGCCAUUGCCCAAUUUGCAGGAAUGGACUCUGAAAACGCGGCCAACGGGCCAGACGACAAGGCCGUGCCCGUCGCGGAGCCCGAGGUCGAGGUGCGCCCGCCGCUCUGCGUGCGCCAAGCGUCGUUCAUGGUGCCCGAGGCGCUGCCGCCGGACGCGGAGAUCCCGAGCGUCUACUCGGAGAUGCACUUCAAGGGCAUGCAAGACCCGUACUCGACGUCGCCCAACGUCUUUAUGAGCACGCUCAACGCUGCGAGUAUCGACACGAUGCUCAGCGGCGGCCUCAAGAAAUUCUUUGAAAAAUACAACAAGCUCGCCGAGACGACCAACCUGCAGCUACAGACGCCCGAGAUCCGCUUCCACAACAUCUCGUUCUCGGCGCAAACGAGUGCCAACUCGCUUGCGUCCGGCACGGUCGGCAGCUACCUCCGAGAGCUCUUCCUUCCGUGCUGCUGCAAGCCGCCGAGCGUCGAGAAGUCUGUGCUGCACCCAAUGUCCGGUAUCAUUCCGCCCGGCAGCAUGACCUUGCUUUUGGCGAGUCCGGGCUCGGGCAAGACGACCUUUCUCAAGGCGCUUGCCAACAAACUCCCAACGAAGCGAACCAAGAUCGACGGCAGCGUCACGUACAGCGGCCUGACGGCGGACCAGCUCGACCUGCGCAAACUUGUGGGGCUCGUUGACCAGCGGGACAACCACUGUGCGACCAUGACCGUGCGCGAGACGCUCAAGUUUGCGGACCAGUGCCUCAACGGCCACCCGAAGAAGAAGCGAUCCGGGGCGUCUUCGCCGAGCAAAGCCGAGGACAAGAUGGCCGACGUUGCCAACCUACGGACGGAGCUCUACCUCUACAUCCUCGGUCUUUCCAACUGCGCCGAUACAGUCGUCGGCGACGCGCUUCUGCGUGGCGUGAGCGGCGGCGAGCGCAAGCGUGUGACCGUGGGCGAGAUGCUCGUCGGCGGCCAAAGCAUUUUCCUCUGCGACGAGAUCAGCACGGGCCUCGACUCAGCAGCCACCUUUGACAUUGUCAACGCACUCCGCACUUGGACGAAAACGCUCGGCGGUAGCUGCAUCGUGGCUCUCUUGCAGCCGCCCCCUGAGGUCGUCGAGCUCUUCGAUGACAUUUUGCUGCUCGCAGAUGGGCAUCUGGUGUACCACGGACCCCGCACGUCGACGCUGCCGUACUUUCAGACGCUUGGGUUUGUGUGCCCGACGCGGACCGACCCGUCCGACUUUUUGCUCGAGGUCGUUGCUGGCAGCGGUGCCAAGUACUUCAAUCUCGACCACCCGACGCCGGCGCCCACCUCGUCCGAGGCCUUUGGCAAGGCGUUUGUCGCGUCCGCUCUGCACGCAGCGGUGCGCCUGCGCCUCAAGAACGGCGAGCUGCUCCACGAUGUGACCAGCGUCAAGCGACUCGCGUUUCUCGCGCGCAAGACCAAGAUGUUUAGCCUGGCGUUCUGGGAGAGCACCAAGCUCCUCACGGCGCGCCAAAUCAUUUUCUGGACGCGUGACAAGGAGCUUCUUUGGGGUAAGCUGAUCGAAGCGUGCGCCGAGGGUCUGCUUCUCGGCAUCAUCUACCUCGACGUCGACGCCUCGCUCUACAUGCGGAUGCUCUUCUUUACGAUUGCGAUCUUUCAGCGCCACGCGUGGCAGCGCAUCACGAUUUCGUUUGGCGUGCGCAGCGUCUUCUACAAGCAGCGGUCGCGCAACUUCUUCCGGACAGCGUCGUACGCAAUCGCCGAGGCCGUCGUCCAGAUCCCCAUCAACCUCGUCGUCGCGGUCGUCCUCGGCACCAUCUUUUACUUUAUGAGCGGCCUCGCGACCGAGACGACCGUCUUCUUCACGUACCUCGCGAUCCUCGUCGUCUUCCAGCACGCAAUUGCAGCGUACUUUACGCUCCUGAGCUCGGUCGCGCCGACGAUCAACGCGGCGCAGUCGCUCGCGGCGUGCUCGAUCGUCUUCUUCCUCCUCUUCUCGGGCAACAUCAUCCUCUCGGACCUUAUUCCGUCGUAUUGGCGCUGGAUGUACUGGUACAACCCGCUCGCGUGGGCGCUCCGCGCCAUCAUGCUCAACGAAUUCAACAGCUCGCGCUACACGCCGGCGGCCCGGGCCACGAGGCUCGAUGCCUUCCAGAUCCGCGAAGGCGACGAGUACAUUGGGUACGGGCUCUUGGUGCUCCUCGGCUACUAUCUCCUCUUUACGACUCUGAACGCGCUCGCAUUGCACUACAUUCGGUACGACACCCAAGUGCGCCCGGCGACGCCGCCACCGCCCGUCACGGACGCGACGGUUGUGACCAUCGACGCACCACCGACGCAGCUCCCGUUCUACCCCGCGCGCAUCGCGGUUCGCGAUCUCGACUACUACGUGACGCUGCCAACGGGCGAAGAGCGGCAGCUGCUGCACCACGUGACCGCGGCGUUUGAGCCGGGCACGAUGACCGCGCUCAUGGGUUCGUCUGGCGCGGGCAAGACGACUUUCAUGGACGUACUUGCGGGUCGCAAGACGGGCGGACGCAUCGUCGGCGACGUCUUCAUCAACGGUGAGCCCAAGAACCCCGCGACCUUUAGCUGCAUCGCCAGCUACUGCGAGCAGAUGGACAUCCACUCGGAGAAGUCAACGAUCCGCGAGGCGCUCGAGUUUUCAGCGUUUCUGCGGCUGCCGCAGACGUUUGAAAACGACGCCAAGCUCAGCUUGGUGCGCGAGACCUUGACGCUCCUCGAGCUCGACAAGAUCGCCCACGAACGCGUCCUGAACCUCAGCGUCGAGCAGAAGAAGCGCGUCACGAUCGGUGUCGAAGUCGUCGCCAACCCGAGCAUUCUCUUUUUGGACGAGCCGACAUCGGGGUUGGACGCCCGCUCGGCGCAGAUCGUCAUGCGCGGAGUCCAGUCGAUCGCACGCACGGGGCGCACGGUCGUGUGUACGAUCCACCAGCCCAGCAUCCAAAUCUUUGAGCUCUUUGACGCGCUUCUCCUGCUGCAAAAAGGCGGUCAUGUCGCGUUCUGCGGCGAGCUCGGCGCCGACUCGCAAAAGCUGCUCGAGUACUUUCACUCGAUCCCGGGGACCGAGAAGAUCCAGCCGCUCUACAACCCCGCGACGUACAUGCUCGAGGUGAUUGGCGCCGGCAUUGGCCGCAAGGACAUCAAGAAUUACGCCGACGUCUAUGCGAGCAGCGACCUCUGCGCAUCGAACCGCAGCAAAGUGGAGCGGUUCCUGGCCGUGUCGCCGGACCUCGUGACGUUUUCAUCACUGCCGUUCCAGCCGAUCGCGACGAGCCUCGCGAACCAGACGCGCUGGCUCACGCACCGGACCGUGCACAUGUAUUGGCGGUCGCCCGCCUACAACUUUGUGCGGCUCGUGUCAUAUCCCGUCUUUGCCGUCAUCUUUGGCAGCACGUUCUACCAGCUGCCAUUCGGCACUGUGGCGCGCGUCAACUCGCAUGUCGGCCUCAUCUACAACAGCAUGGACUUCAUCGGCGUCAUCAACAUGAUGACGGUGCUCGACAUGGCGACGGCCGAGCGCGCAGUCUACUACCGCGAACGCAUGUCCAACUACUACAGCCCGCUGCCGUACUCGGCGUCCUUGCUGCUGGCGGAGAUGCCGUACCUGCUCACGGUCAUCAUCAGCUUUGUCGCGAUCGAGUACUGGAUGGUCGGCUGGUUCAACGACGCGGCCACCUUCUUCUUCUUCUGGUUCAUCUACUUCGUGUACACCUCCCUGUGCACAUUCAUGGGCAUGUGGAUGGCCGUGCUCAUGCCCAACAUCAAGGUCGCCAACGUCGCUGUUGGCGCCAUCUCAUGCGUCUUCAACCUCUUUGGCGGCUUCCUCCUCCCGUUCGCCCGCAUGAAGUGGGGCUACAAGUGGCUCACGUGGAUCAUUCCGUCGAGCUACUCGCUCAACGUGCUCAUCGGGCUCGUCAUUGGGCACUGCGACGAUGGCGUCGGACCCGGCUGCAACCCGAUCCUGAUCGACGGCCAGCCGACGACGGUCAAGUCGUAUGUCGUGACCAGAUUUGGGUUUGAUCCGGCCGAGAUUUACUCGAGCAGCGGCGCGCUCCUCAUCGAGUGGGCGCUGCUCCAAGUGUUCAUCUACCUCACGCUGCGUUUCGUGUGCCACCUCAAGCGCUAACAUCCGUGCCGUGCACUGAGCUAACUGCAUUCAACGUCGACGAUAAGAGACUGGUGGUAAACUUGAUAAAUUGAUACAUUGAACGAAAUACCAUAGUUUACAACGA